UUUGUUUAUCUUGACUACUGGAUUCUAUUUUGAUUGUUCCGAUUAUCACUGCUGUUCUCCUUUCCUCCAAAGCAGUGGAUCGGAAUUGGUUGACUAUAUUUAGUACGUACUAAAAGGGCUUUAGUGCGCAACCUCCACAGGAACCACCAUUGACCCCAGACACGACUAGUGGGAUUCCCAUCUCAUCGCUUCUAUAGGCCCGUAUAGGGUAGUAUAGUGGAUGGACUGCUUCACAGUCGGAAAAUAUGACAUGCUUCGCCACUUCUUUCACCCCAAAUCCACCGCUCAGAACAAAGGAACACAACCACUACAGACAUGGCAAUGACACUUCUUUCAAGAACAACCAAGGGUUCAAGAUGCUUCUUUGUUUCCCAGAUCAGAAGAGUGCUCGCGCGCCGUCCCAGAUGUGCCAUUCCUUUGUCCUCCAUGACAUUUCUACGCGCGCAACACCCCCGUCCUGACCCAGAUGAUUCUGAGUCUGUCUGUUAUUAUCAUAUAGCAACCUGUUUCUCUUUCAUCGAGUCAAUUCUCACUAUAUUGCAAUAUCCAUCCUAUCGGGUCCACCCUUGAUACAUCUACAAUC